UCAAAUACCUUUCGUGUGGAGCCACUUCUUUACAGAAACGGGCACUCAGUUCUCAGUGAUGACAAACAUUAUGAGAAACAGCGCCUUGAUGAAAAUGAACAUUCAAUGGAAACAGUAUGGGAGGUGGAAAAAAACUUUGAUUUAUUAAAAAUAAAUCUCUAAUGGCAUGGUCUACCUUUUUUUUUUUCUUUCAAUAUGACCAGUAGGGCUGGCCAUUGAAAUUAAUUGAAAUGUGUUUCUUUUUUUUCCAGCCCCCUUCCGAGAGGAAACUCUCUAUCCAAUCGGCUGCUCAGCAAACUAAUUCAGAUGAGGAUGGUUGUCGUUCUGGAACCCCAGACCAAGAUGUUCUUGUGUACCAUGUAAGUUAAAAUUGUAUUGAUUUAUUUUAUUGAUUAAUUCUGUUUACCUUAUGAUAAUAAUUAUGGUUAGAAACUCUUGGAAUAUUAUAGGACAGGGUGCUCAACAAUGGGAUGAAUUGGAGGGUAUAGGGUAAUGAUGUAGGGUUUUACAUGCCAACAACCAGACAAAGAAACAUGUUUGGUGUUCUGGGGUAUAGGUAAGAGUGUUUCCCUUUCUGGCAAACUACUCCUCGUUUACUUUUGUACUUGGCAAAGCCCAACAUUGUUUUACCCUUGUUUUUCUGCAAUGAUGAUGGAUGGCUGUCUUUUAUUUGUGGUUGUGGAGUUUCUAUUGUGUCCUAUCAAUUACUUAAAUGUUAUUUCAUGAUAUGUUAGCACUUCUAUUGUUAGUGAUACUUGCUUUGCAUAGAAAAUGCUUGCUGACUUAUCAGCAAUCCUAAAAAGUGAUAAUUACCAGUAGGUCUGAUUUCUUUUUCUAAGCCAUGCAAAUCAGUGGUUGAUUUGGGAAACUUAACAAUUACACACCAUCUUUGUAUAAACAGUUGACUAUCAAUCUCAUAGCAGAUGUUCUCUUAAUUUUUGUUGUUUUAACAGUUGUUUUUUUUUCCGCAGGGUGUUCCUUCGCCUCACUCGCCCCACUCUCCUCACUCUCAAUACCACCCUCCCUACCCCCACUAUCCUUACAUGACGCCAAUGUAUCACCACCCACUCCCUGUGAUGUGUCAUUGCCCGUCAUGCGCUGGACAUAGGUCACCAGUCCACUCCCCCCAUGGUGGUGCCCCUAUGGGAAGGUUUGUUCAUCAUCAGAUGGGGUCACAUACAAACUGGGCCCACGGGCCGGCAGCAAUAACAGGAUUUCAAGUCAGGUCAGUUUUGAAAACAUAGCAAGCUAUUUUAGUGAAAAGCCACUAGAAAAUCUUUCUCUAAUUCCUUUCCGUGCUUAAAACUAACCAUUUUUCCUAAUCUAUAUACAAAAUAUGAUGCUAUCGACAUUGCUGAUCCUAGCAGUAUACAGGACGCGUGUCAUAUAUGAACUUCGUAAUGGGCCUUACUCAUCAUAGAGUCUCUGUGGCUCAGUGGUAGAGCAUCAGAGCACGGAAUCCGAAGGUCUGAAGUUCGAUUCCUCAUGGGAACUCAGAAUUUUUUCUUUGUACCACGCUUGUGACAAGAUGAGAAACAUCUUUCUCAAGCCAUUAGAAUAUUUGCCUUGCUUCAGGUUAAGGGCCUUUUUAAUAUAAGCUGUAUCUGAGAGGGGGGAUAUCAGGCCUCUUAGCCCAGCGUUCUAACUUGCGACCCUUAUUUGUCGAGAUGGCGGGUAGAAACAAAUUCUGGCAACUUAAUUCGCAGCGAAAGUCGUGAAUGUGGCCAUCUGUGUACAACGGUCAUAUAGCGAGCUGUAUGGGUUUUUUUUUUAAUUUUUUAAUUUUUUUUUCGAAAGGUAUCCCUUUAUAUCCUAGUAUCCGCUCCAUAUUCUCCAGCCAGUUCCUAUAUAUUUCCCUCGGUAAUGACAAGGAGAAUUCCUUUUAACAACCAAAGCCUCUUAGGUUGGCGAUCAUUUCCUUUAUUAUCAUGAUCUUAAUAAAUGAUACAGAAGUAUUACUGUAAGGAGAAAUAAGAUGCUGGUCGCUCUUGGUUUUAAUUGGGUUUAAAUCCAAGACUGUUAUGAUGCUCCUUCGUUCUCUUAUUUAAAAAAUGCUACUGGUUGUCCGAAAAUUCAGCCUCAAAUAUUUGCAUGAACUUUUUGUUUUUGUCCGACGACCAGGUUUUCAUAACCGAUAACACUUUUAUGAUUUUAGGUCGCAAGAUGGCGACUUUGAAAGAGUUGUGCUCGAAGGCCUGCGUAGAGAAGUGAAUUAUUUUCUUAGGAUACACUUCCUGGAAAUGCGUUACUAGUCGGAACAGCUUGCUACUUACUUAGCCUACGCUACCCUCCCCCCUCCUCCCUUCCGUUUCACCUGGGGGGGGGGUGGGUAUGGCCACACGCAGGCUACUACUUAUUAUCCACAGGUCAUAUGUUAUGUGAUUCACAUAUUAUUUUUUAAAGUUCUAACUGUACACUUAAUAUGACUUUCUGCACAUGUACUUAGUUUUGUUAAUUUAAUUGUGAGAGAAGAAAUUGAUCCUUGUAGCCCUACGUAGCUGCAUUAAUUGCUUUGUUUAUUUAUUUUUUUUAUAUUGUUUAUGAUAGUAAUGAAAAUGCGUUUUUUUUUUCUUGUCAGACCGAGAAUACAAAGGCCCUUAUCUGGUGAGUAGACAAUUGUUUUGAUUUCUUUUUCUGGCUGUGAUCAUCUUUGACGACAUUGGAUUCGAUAUCUGUAGCUGCAAGAAUCUGUAAUAAUCGUGUGCUGAUAACAUAUGGCCCGAUUUCGGGUUCCCUAUCACUGCGCUAUAGAUUUUUUUGUAAUGAAUUUUGUACAAUGGAAUAUCAGGUUGUUCCAUUUUUCAUCUAUUUCUGCGUUUUCAUCUAUUUCUGCGUUUGUAAUCUUAGCCGGGGAUGUGUUAGCCUGCGGACAGGCCUCAUUGUUGGUGUUUCUGGCGCGAGCCUUUCUUCGCAUGCUAGAAAGAUUGAGGCAUUGAGGUCUGGCGCUAAUAAUUAUUGGCGCUAGACCUCUUGCCGGCUAAUGCUUCAAACUUGAAGGAGCUCUCUCCUCACUAUUUUCCCUUUUGUUACACAGUCCCUGCUGAGAAACAUGACAUGCUAGUGAAGGGCAGUCCCUUGUAUGGACAGCCUCCGUGGUGGGGCUGGGGCUCAUCAGACGACGAGAUCUACAAUUAUCCAAACACUGCCACAAUUCUGGAGAGCGGCGACGAUCAACAGCCUCUUGCUCUGAGAAAGAAGAAACUCUCUAAGAAAGACGCGCUGGAAAUGGCGCAGAGGAGGCACAGCAUUGGGACCGUAUCGGUGUUGUCUGAGUCCAGAGCACGGAUUGUCACAACAAGGACUUCUAAAAACCCCGAGCUGGACAAGGCGAUGAAGCAACGAGAGGAAUUUGUUGUCUUUCAGAAGAGGUCUUCUCUACCAGGGCCGGGUCAUAACGAGCAGUUAUCUCCCGUGUUUGAAAAUUCUACCAGUAGAGACUGGCAAUUACCAAAUGCGCUUCACGAGCCGGGAGAGCUUGAUUCGACGUCUUCGGUGGAGAAUUCUUCGGGUGACGGAAGCGAAGUGCACCCUAGACUCGGGUCUUCUUACGAAGUUCCUUACAUACCGGACUAUGAUGAACUUCCAGAAAGGCCUGUAAGUCUGAAAAGCGAUAAAGGUAAAAUAGCAUCCCAGGAUGCUUCACGGAAGGGUUCAUCAGAGAAGCAAGAGAGAAUUGCAAGGAAAAAACCUACCAAUAAAGUUAAAAAGAAAAUUGUUUCCACUGAUGUCCCGGCAAAGAAUGGAAAAGCAUUGUCAGGUAAAUUAGUGUUUCUAUGUUUGUAUAGAUUCUCUUCCUUUUCGUUUUUUUCCAGAGAGUUUAGGAAGGUGAGGAAGGGCGAGGAAGGGCGAGGAAGGGCGAGGAAGGGCGAGGGUUGCUAAGAAGGCGGGUGUGGCUGGGCGUGUUUAUUUAUCUUUAAUGCUUUGCUAUAAAGAACGGGAGGUGGGAGAGGAAAAAGGGUUGGGUGGGAGAUUCUCACACCUUCCCCCACCUCCCUCCUAAGAACCAGGAGAGGUUUUCACAACGUUUUCGACUCCUCUCUUAAAUUGGAAAAAAUUAAUCCUCUCAGAAAGAAAGUACACUCUCUAAACAGUAGAUACAUCUUCAGAAAAUUUUAACUGAAUACAUCUCACAUCAUCGCGCAAAGACCAGAAAUGCGCUAUUACAUUUUCGUACUUACAGACGUUUGUAUGACAGUGGCCAUAACCUAACGCCCAAAUCAGUUAUCAUGCUGAAUUCCAUAUUUUUCACGCAUAAAACAUUUCUUCCCUCUCUUAGAACUAACAUAUUAUUCCAUGUUAGAACUUUUUGCUUUUCUCACUUGUGCCGUUCUGCGGUAAAAAAAUGAAAAUUUAUUUCAACUUUUUGGAAUUAACGUUUUGACUUCUUACAGUGUCAUCCCUGAUUCAAACAUAAAGGUCAAGUGAAUAUGGGAAUAUAUCUUCUUGUCAGCACCUUAGGAGGAAAUAUCUAGAGAACAUUAAGGAGAAUAUGCACACUGAUGUAAAGGUGGAACAGAAUUAACUUCAGAAUAAGAACUUUUCAGUGUACCUUUGAACAGAAGUACACUUCUAAAGGGGUGAGGGUUGUACAGAAAGAGGAAGAGGGAGAAGAGGUUUAAAGAUUGAUUGUGGAAGGGUAAUAAUUACUUUUUCUGUUCUGAACAGGCUCUCGAAAACAUUCAAGUGAUACCAGUGAGUCUGAGUAUGAGCCGACCUCACACCCUUCACGUCGAUCGGGAUUAGCAGCUGUCGCUUCCCUUUCCUCCAUUGGUGUGUUUGGUCUGACGGAGGUGACUCUCGGUGAAUCCGAUAGACAAGAGGUUAGUUUGUUGCUAGCUUGAGAGCAAACUCUCAUUAGAGUUCAGGCACGACCGGCAAAUCCUGCGAGAAUUGAGUCGGGAACCGAAGCUAGAGCUCUAAGAGAGGUCUCAUUUCCAUGCCAGACCUCUCGCAAACCCCUCGCAGCUCUCAUCGCCACUGCCAUGAAGCAUGCGGGCUUCGCCGUUAGUGUGGCAGCGCCAAUGAUCAGGAUUACAGCGCACAUUUUGCGUGACAGCGGUCGUUCUUAUGUUCUCCCCUUGAAAUUAUGCGCGGCUGGCCAAAUUGUAUCACCUGCGCAUGCUUGACGUUUGACCGCUGUGUAGCCUACAGACUAGUUCGACUUAGGGCUUAGAAGCUCCACGACUUGUCAUGACGUUUAUAUAUCUUUUUCUCUUUUUUUAACCACAGUAUUGUGCAGAAGUAAAGAGAACGAAAUUUGAUAAUUGAAAGUCAAUGGUUCUCUUUCUUCUGUCGUGCUGUUUAUAUAUUUUUUUCUUAUUAUUUUUACCCUAACUGCUCGACUUCUUUAGGAAAUUUGUUCCUUAGUAAAAUUGAUGUUUUUUCCGGCGUAAAACGAAAAUAUAAUUGUGGCCUUGGACGUAUGACUCCAAAUAUUUCUCACCACUAUCCUGGACAUUCUGCGGUCAAUUAUUAUACAGAUAAUAAUGAUUUUGUUAAUGGAUUUAAGUUGAACAUAAUUCUGUUUAAACUUGAUAGGCACUAUCGCCAGCCCCCCUUCCAAGUUGGGUAAAACAGUGGACGAAUUCUACAAACGAUCGUGGUAAGUUAUGUUAAAGUUGAUCAUUUUUCGAAAAAAAAAUUGUUGGACGAAUUACACUCUUAGAUGAAAUGACACACUGAAAUAACAUCUUCAUCGCUUCAAUUUUCCCAUUCAUCCUUGCUAUUGUAUAACUGCCUGUACGUUUGGUUCUCAGGGGAAAUAACGCAAACAGAGCUAUUACAAGUGUUAUAAUAAAGUAUUUGAAUUGAAGGAUGAUCAUCAUUACACGGCUUUAUUGAACUGUCUAAUUAAUGCCUCAACCACAAGAAAGCUUUUGUUGGCAAUAGAAGUGAAACCCAAUGUGUUUUCGCAGUUAUUAUCGUAUCAAUAACUUUUGGUUUGUAGUUAAUGAUCUACUAAUGUUGAUUAAGCUUUCUUGAACAUGUCGCUUGUCACAACGAGUGUCAUUGUUUUCGCAGAGAACGCUUCGGUUUAUCCAGUUGAGGUCAUCGAUUCAUCUAGUACGGCUGAAGAGUCUGCGGGAAGCAGUGCCAUGUCUUCUUCGAGUCACAUUCCAGUUCCUAUAGAAUCUGAAAAUUCUGGUGAGUGUAAAUAUUCUGUCUGUAAACACAAUAGAUUCGUAACGUGUUGCUUGUUUAGUGAAUCUAUGCAUCGGGGACCCUUUUUUCCAGGAAUUGUAAACUUUAUGCAUAGAUCUGCUGCAGAGGUAUUAAUUAUAAAUCCCUAAGUUUGUUUUUCACAUGAUCAAGUUUGAGGAUUAUUACUUGUCUGCUAAACUAAAGCUAUUGUAACAUAUAUGUGUAGAUUAGUUCGGUGUGUUCUUGAUCAAGUAAUGAUUUUAAUAUUCCUGUUGUCUGGUCUUCUCUGCUUUGUGUUCAUUUAUUUGAUUUCAAAAAUUCGUUCCUCGCUAAUUUUUUUCCGUCAGAAAAACGCAAGGAUUGAGUUUUUUUUUCUUUUGCUGUGGUCGAAUGAAUGAUUUAAGACGCCAAUGGCUCGCUCUUGAAAUGUGUAGAAGAUGUUCGGUGGAAGAGUACAAAGAUUGAAGUUAUUUUUAAUACCUCUCCCCGGGAGAUGAUUUGCGUUGUUCUUUCUUUCUUUUUUUUUUUUUCCUUUUUUUAAAAAAAAAAGAUAUUGAAAUGGUGAAAUACUGUGUGAGGAAAAAUAGAUGCUUGUGGUCAGUUUUGUUAUUCCAACGAAACAGCGCUGCACUGUCCGUCGAAAGCGUCGAAAUAAUUAAGAUGUUUUCACUCCAAGAAGGGUCUCAUGAUAAAAUUAUGUUAGUGAUGAAAAAAGGCUCUUCUGAGCCUGUUCUGACGAGCUUCGUUGGUCACGCAACGCUUUAGUCCAAAGAUGUAUUCCGUAAAGAAUGAUUCAAUUUGUGUUUUUCUUUAUUUUCAUUUUAUUAUUACUUUUUUUUUUACAAAUUUAAACCGAAAGAGCUAUCCUCUGUCAAUUAAAUUUUAGAAACAGACUGCAUUUGAGAAAGAAUCCAUGGCUAGAGGAUCGAAGAAUGUUAUGUCACGCUAUAGAAGGGGGGGGGGGGGAGGAGUAGGAGUUCUACCCACCACUUGUACCUAAGGAUUUGCAACAUCACGCAUGCAUAUAUAUAGCAUAUGAUUAAUGGAAAAGUUCAGCUACCUAAUGAAAUAAAGAUACAUGUUUUUUUUGUAUCUUGUCACUGGCGAGGGGACAUAGAGAAAAUCUGAGUAACCGUGAGAAAUCAACCCUCAGACCUUCGGAUUUGUUUGCUUUCAUGCUCUACCACGGAGCUAGGCUGUUACCUAGUAAUAGCUUUGCUCUCCGUAGAGUUCUCUGUAGCUUAGUGGUCGAGCAUCGAAGCACGGCACUUCAAAGGUUUUGGGUUUAUUUCCUCAUGGGCAUUCAGAUUUAUUCUUUGAUCCACGACUAUACGAGUAUCCGAAGAAAAACGAAACAAAACAACGAAUGCCUUUUUUAAAUAGUUAUGGGGGGAUGUAUGUCUUAAUUGAUUCACUCACAUCUUUUAGCUCCAUGUUUUACAGAAGACAAGUCCAAACCCAUCAAGAGCAUUUCGUCAUCGAGUCUAAGCAGACCAAGGUCGGCAACAUCGAGAACGGGAUCGGUAAGGACAUUAAAAGAUCAACGAUAAAUUCCUGUUCGUGAUAAUUUUUACAUAAUGCUCCAUCUAUUAUGUGAGAUACCCCUGACAUAAAAUUGUUCCAGCACUAGGGAAAUACAAAUUAACUGCUUUCUCAGAUUCUAACAUUCCGGAUAUUCUAAUUUGUCUCGCAUAAUUGCACAUUAUCAGAGAUUAAGAAGAGCCUGUCGACAAGAUAUUGGAUGCAACACUCUUCCAGUGAACUUUUGCAAAUAAAAAAGCAAAAAAAUCUCCUAAAACGGACUCCUUCCCUCCCUUCCCCCAACAGUAAAAAUUAUGUUCUCAUCAAAAUAGUCAGGUCACAUGCUCAUCAUACUAUGACUUCAUGUGUUUCCCACUCAUUGAAAAAUCCCCACCCUCCCCCUCCUUAGACCUCGUGCUUAAAACAUCAAGCUCUGUUACAUGAUGUAUCUUAUCUUGCAUUCCCUCGUGAAAGUUCCUCCAUGGUGAAAAUAAUUUUUUUCUCAACCUCGGCAUUAGGUCGGUUAUUACGCCUCAAUUUGUUUGUUUGUUUGUUUUUUUUCUUUACGACGGUUUUUCGCUUAAACCGUUCGCCAUUACAUGAUUAUUUGUCAGUUGAGAACUGGAGCGAGAGAGGAAGUGACGCCAUUUACUCAACAGUUUGAAAUUUGAAUUAGGCAGAACAGCAACUAAUUUUUGACAACUUACUUCUGACAUUUGUUUUGACGAAGGGCUGAGGCUCCAAACGUCAGCUUUAGAAACUCUAUACGAUGGCCAAUUUACAUUAUCAAUUCGGGUGAUAAAACCAAAUUAUCUGGUAACUUCAGGAAGCACGAAUGCUACAGCAAACAUUCAUUGGGUGCAUGGAAAGGAGAAAAAGUCCAUUUUUUAAGUAAGCAAUUUUUAAAGGAAAUCAAAAAGCGCUGAGGAACCAAUAGCAAACCAUUUUAAUAUGACUAUCUCUUUUAAUCUUUGCAGCCUGGUGUAUUACGAAGCCAAAGCAUGUCUGCUGCUAAUAUGUCCUCCUCUCCGAAGUCUGCGUCCUCCCCGAGAGUGGCGCGGAGCAAGACCAUGUCUGCUGUCGUUCGGCGGUCGUACCCGACUACUGCCAACGAAUUAGAGAAGAAACCAGUUGACAACGCUAGGGGAAGGGCUGUGAUAAGCAGUACUUCAGAUGAUAGCGAUGUGGAAUCAAGCGACGCUUCCCAGACGAGACAGACUAAAGAAUCGCGAAGGAAGAGCGACGAGUCCGAUAAGAAGGGAGUUCAGCUUAUUCCUGAAAAGGAGGGGAAGCGACUGCUGUCGGCCCCCCGUCCCAACAAGACAGCUAUGCUGAGAGCGUACAACAGCCGAGAAGCUGUAAAGAAUAGUGGGGUUAAGAGCAAGACUGCAGUAUCGGCGAAAGCGAGGACUGCUAAGAGCUCAUCGCCGAACAAUGGAAAUUCAAGUGAAUCUUCGCCGUCUGCGAGAGUGUGGAGUCCAAGUGUGAAAAGAUCAACAAAGUCUUCUUCGGGCGAUAGUAUCCGAGAGGAAGAGGAGAAUGGUACCAAUUGUAGCUCGCCAGCAAGCGAUGACGUCACACAGGAGGCGAUAGACCAGGUUUUUUCUUCAGGCUCAGUCCAGCAACUUCCAGAGUCGCUUAUAAUGAAGCGGGAUGAUAAUGUUAACAAGACUUUUGUGCUCGGUAAGGGGUUGCUCAAUUAAUUCAUGACACUCGCGUUUUGAAUUCGGCUUAUUUUAACUUUUCUCGUUUUAACGCUGUUAGCUUAUUGGCCAGAAAUGUACCUUGAUGUUGCCUUUCGAAAUUGCGUUUCCCAUUUUGUACUCCUUCGAAAAUCACAUCAUCGAGAAGCCGUGCUUGGCAACUGUUGUAAAAGUUAUUACAAGUUAUUAAUUAGACACGGGGACGAAUGAACCAUUUCUCACCAAUUUUUCAUUCUAGUACUUCACCUAUUAAUAUAAAGUCUGUCCAGAGCUAAAGAAGGCUACAGAUCUCUAGGCCAACUAAUAAGUAAUAUUGUCCUAUGGAAACCUGCGUGUUUCUGUAAUUUUUCUUUAGCAAUUCAGCCCAGUUGUUUGUUUGUAGUUACAGUGCAACCAUUCUUACCAGUGUCGAUUAUGCAAAUUGAGCGAUGAAUUCUCGCUUAAUUUUGAGUCACUGCGAUAUUUGCUUAAUUUGGUUGCAAACUUUGAUUGGCGCAAUCAAUUUGAGCUGAAAUCUCCUUUCAUUUCCUUUAAUUUCAAUCUUUAUGAGAGGUUCUGCCAGCUGUUUAUUUAUUUUUGCACCAAACUUUGGUUUUUUCUUAAUCAGAUGACGGUAAUGAGGACAAUUCUGUUUCAUCUCCCGAAGACACGUCCAUACAAGCAUGGGUCGGCGAAGCAGCCAGUGGUGAAAACGUUCUUGAGUGUAAUGGCGUCGUCACGAAAAACACUGCACCGAUGUCUCCGUCUCGUGAAGAACCAACGGAGAUAAAACUUGAAACAACCAACACUAAAGGAAUCAGCUUGCGUAGUAAGCUUAUACCAUUUGCACCCUUCUUGGAAAACCAGUCAUACACACCCCCCGUGUCUGAUCUUCCUUUUGAACCUCCCAGUGAUUCAGCCGACGACACAUCCGGGAGGUCUCGUUGUUCUACAGCAGAGAGUAGGCCUAUUUCGCCGGAGUCAGCGGUUUCGACCGCACCUGCUGCCUCCCCCUCGCCACCUUUGACUCCGAACUCUGCAGCAAAGAAAACAUUUGAUUUUAAGGGGGGAGCAACAUCUUCGCAAAGCAGGAGGCAGUGGGGUGUCACUGAUAAGGUAAGGCUUCGUUUGUCUGACUCUUGUUGACUUGCGUAGGGUCUCCUGACACCCGGCAUCUGGGCUAUUUCGAAAACACUUUUUGCCUUUAUUUUCCUUAUCAGCUUCCUUCUCAGUUUCUUAGCGAAGAUUUAAACCCGAUUGUUGUCCAUAUAGACGGGAAAAUUUCUCUCGGCCAACGAGAAAAACAAUGCGUAACCUUUGAGGUUCCGUCGAGGUUUUCUAAACCGAUUACCAAGAUCUCAGUAACCACUCCAACCCGCCUUCUCAUGUAAACAAACUUUAAUUGAUUCUGCAAACUAAAACAGCUCAGCUUAUUGGAAUCAUAAUAAGAAGUUCCCCAGCUGAACCCAGUUUUGCUUUCUGCAUGAUUUCAAUUUGGUACAAGGUAAAAUUAAUGAAAAUAACCGGUAUAACAAAUUGGAUUAGGCUAUGAUACAAAUUGUUCAAGGCAUUUUUGCCUUUCCUACCCCUGAGCUUGCUAUUUUUCCUUUGAAUCUCAUGAAGAGAGACACAAUCUACGCUAACUCAACUGUAUAAGAAAUCUGAACGAUUUUAUUCAAAAACACUUUCUAUCAUUGUGUUUUCAGCCUGUUGAGGAUCUGAUGUUGUCCUCAAUUCACGCAUUCUCCGUAGAAUUACGGCUAGCUUCGGAGUCCGUGCUGGGCAAAGUGAAGUAUGUAAAAUAUCUGUCUUCAUCGGUCAGAAAAAAUCCUCUCUGCGUUUCUAGAACACACGAACUUAAAGCACCGACAUUACGAUAAUUUAAUUUUAUAUUUAACUUUGAAUAUAAUAAGAACCCGAAGUGUUUUUUUCUCGGAUGGGAAAACAAGAAGGAGCUUAGUAAAAGAUGGCAGAUAUAAGAAGAGACUGCAAAUAACGAUUUCGAGAAAUCAAGGUUACAGCCUUGGAGUAAAAUAGCACACGAAACGAAUGCUAACUGAAUGGUGGCGUUUCAGAACUCUGUACGAUGGAAGCGAGGAGCUAAACGGCACUGCAAGGUCAAGGACGGAUUCUGACGCAAAACAGGAAUCCAAGAGUGCCAUUCCAGAUUGGAAGAGCUCUCACGCGGUAAGUGAAUAACUAAGGCAAGGAAACUGAGUGUAGCACAUCAUAGCGUGGCUUGAGGGUAGUGUUUGGCCUCCGAUAAUAGGGACCUAACGCUGUAAAUACGACAACGCCGAGGAAAACAUUAAAUGAAAUCACAUUAUUUUGUUCAGAGUUUCGCGGGUGUUUCCAUGCCAGAGCCGUCUUUAAAGGCUUCAGACCUCUUCGUCGGGAUAACAUAUGGAGGUGUCGUCGAACUCUACUUACAAACACAAUUGCAGCUCAACAGCAGACCAAACCGAACUGGUUUUCGAACGAAAAAAAUUGGGUUUCACGUUGCUGUUAAGCAGAGGACAACAAGGAAAUCUACAAAUUUUCAAACCGCACGUGCAGAGCUAUUAUUUUACCUAGUGUAUCUUUUGUUGGAUCACGCUCUCGUUUGCGCCAGGUCGUGAGAAUACCUGCCAAAGCAAACGAUGCAAAACUGUUUAUUUUUGUUUUUUCUAACAGGAGAUAGCUGGGAUAUUUCGAAACUUGCGAAAGGUUGAGCUUCGCCUUCGCAGUAAGUAUGAUUUGCUAUCUUUUUGUCGGCCUAAACAAAGACAAAUCUACUAUUUUUGUUCGGGCUUGUGUGACGUGUGCAUUUUACUUGUUUCCACCGGAUCCUUCGUCAUAGCAUAGCGACAAAAUCCUUCUGAGUCUUGGCUACGCCAUUUCAUUAAUUAUCCCUUAAGGCAUAUGCAGUGAGUAAGAUUGCUAUCUCUAUUUUUAUCACCAUUACAAUUCUAAUCUUGCUAAUCAUGUCUCUUUUUCAAUGUUCAGCGAUGGAGCAGGCCUUAUCCAUCAUGUGUGUCGCAGCUCAACGGGACCCUAAUCAGGUGAGUGCAUCAAUCGUUAAAACACAGACAUGUAACACUUAUUGCUCCUGUUCUGAGUUCCAAAGCUGAUGACAAAAUUCCCAUCUCCUGACCUGCCGUUGGCGUCUGAAUGACGCCUAAAUUGAGCUCAUUUAUCUUUGUUUCUAACGAACGAUGCUUCUCAUUUCAAUAUCAAACGGAAGGGCCUUUUAUUAAUCAGUGCACCUUUGUUUCUAGUCUUUCCAAGAGAGGAAGAUUUCAAUGGUGGAAACGUCUAGCCUGGGUAAGGAAAACUUAUAUGGUGGAAACCUUUGAGAAAACUUGGAAUUCAUCUCGUGUCGCCGUUGUCGACGAUUUUAUCCUCUGGUACAUCAUUUCAUUGUUGGUUUUUGUCUUUUGAGCUCAAAAGAUGUUUUCCCUUUUUUUUUCUUGGUUAGCCUCAGGCCAAAAAUGGAGAGAGUUUAAAAUCAAGGCUCGCCGGAAUUCUUGGGCAGUGGAACACAGAAGCCAGUUCCCAGUUCCACCGGCGGAAUCUGACGAGGAGGACGAGGACACUUCGUGA